AUGGUUACCUUGCUCCAGGUUCUGUUCUCAGCUAUCUUAUCUGUGGAAACCGAGUAUUUGCAGAAUGGUAGAGCGACAGAGAAGUCUGAUAUAUACAGGUUUGGAGUUCUUUUGCUUGAGCUUGUUACUAGAAAAAGACCAACAAACACAACAUUUGUUAAAAGAGGAUUAAACGUGGCUGGAUGGAUGAACACUUUGCCGACGGAGGAGGAUCGAUUAGAUGAUGUAACGGACAAGAGAUGUGUCGACGUAGACAAAGAUUCUAUAGGAGGAUUUGUUGAGAUAAGUUGCGAAGUUUUCGCAAAGCUUCUUGUUGAUGAGGAGACUCAUGUUACCACUUACCUUGCUCCAGGUUCUAAUGGUAGAGUGACAGAGAAGUAUGAUGUAUACAUCUUUGGAGUUCUUUUGCUUGAGCUUGUUACUGGAAAAAGACCAACAGACACAACAUUUGUUAAAAGAGGAUUAAACGUGGCUGGAUGCAUGAACACUUUGCCGACAGAGGAAGAUCGAUUAGAUGAUGUAACAGACAAGAGAUGUGUCGAAGUAGACGAAGACUCUAUAAGAGAAUUUGUUGAGAUAAGCUGCGAGGUGUAA